ACAAGCAAAUAUAAAACACUCAGCUCUAGGGGAAGUUCAGCAGAGAAACCCCUCGGGAUUUGAAGCUGGACUUUUAUCUGUGUGUCUCAGUCUUCUCUACAGAAAGGCCCACAAACCAGAUCUUUCUCCUGCCCUCUAGCUGCAAGCAGAAUGAGAGCUCCUCAACUCUCUCUGGGCUGUGUCUUUGUCCCCCUGAUGCUUUUUCAGCAGGCCGGGGCUCAGUUCCCACGAGAGUGUGCCACCAUCGAGGCGUUGAGAAGUGGUAUGUGUUGCCCGGACCUGUCCCCUGUGUCCGGGCCUGGGACCGACCGCUGUGGCUCCUCGUCAGGGAGGGGCAGAUGCGAGGCAGUGACAGCAGACACCAGACCCCACAGCCCCCAGUACCCCCACGACGGCAGAGAUGAUCGGGAGAACUGGCCCGUUCAGUUCUUCAACAGGACGUGCCGCUGCAAUGGCAAUUUCUCAGGACACAACUGUGGGACUUGUCGUCCUGGGUGGAGAGGAGCUGCCUGUGACCAGAGAGUACUUGUGGUCAGGAGAAAUCUUCUGGACUUAAGUAGAGAAGAAAAGAACCACUUUGUCCAGGCCCUGGAUAUGGCGAAGCGCACAACUCACCCUUCAUUCGUCAUUGCCACCAGGAGAUCAGAAGAAAUACUGGGGCCAGAUGGCAACACGCCACAGUUUGAGAACAUCUCCAUUUAUAACUACUUUGUUUGGACACACUAUUACUCAGUCAAAAAGACUUUCCUUGGGGCAGGGCAGGAAAGCUUUGGUGAAGUGGAUUUCUCUCAUGAAGGACCCGCUUUUCUCACAUGGCACCGGUACCAUCUGCUGCUCUUGGAGAGAGACAUGCAGGAUAUGCUGCAAGAGCCUUCUUUCUCCCUUCCUUACUGGAAUUUUGCGACUGGGAAAAACGUCUGUGAUAUCUGCACUGAUGACUUGAUGGGAUCGAGAAGCAACUUUGACUCCACUCUUUUAAGUCCGAACUCCGUCUUUUCUCAAUGGCGAGUGGUUUGUGAAUCCUUGGAAGACUAUGAUACCCUGGGAACGCUUUGUAACAGCACGGAGAGUGGGCCCAUUAGGAGAAAUCCGGCAGGAAACGUGGCUAGGCCCAUGGUGCAACGUCUCCCUGAACCACAGGAUGUCGCUCAGUGCCUAGAAGUUGGCUUGUUUGACACACCUCCUUUUUAUUCCAAUUCUACAAACAGUUUCCGAAACACAGUGGAAGGUUACAGUGAUCCCACAGGGAAGUAUGACCCGGCUGUUCGAAGCCUCCACAACUUAGCUCACCUUUUCCUAAACGGGACAGGGGGACAAACCCACUUGUCUCCAAAUGACCCUAUCUUUGUUCUCCUGCAUACUUUCACUGAUGCGGUCUUUGAUGAAUGGCUGAGGAGAUACAAUGCUGAUAUAUCCACAUUUCCAUUGGAAAAUGCCCCUAUCGGACAUAAUAGACAAUACAAUAUGGUGCCCUUCUGGCCUCCAGUCACCAACACAGAAAUGUUUGUUCCUGCUCCAGACAGCCUGGGAUACACUUAUGAAGUUCAAUGGCCAAGUCGGGAUUUUAGUAUAUCUGAGAUCAUUACCAUAGCAGUUGUGGCUGCUUUGUUGCUGGUUGCAGUUAUUUUUGCGGGGGCUUCUUGCCUGAUUCGCUCCAGAAGCAACAUGGAUGAAGCCAACCAGCCCCUCCUCACUGAUCAAUAUCAACGUUAUGCUGAGGAAUAUGAAAAUAUGCGGAAUCCUAAUCAGUCUAUGGUCUAAUGAUCAGUGGCCUACUCUCUUAUGCAAUAGUAUUACAAAGCCACCUUGUU